GGUAAGAUUUUACUUCUCUACUUUCAUUGAGUUGGCACGAGGUAGGGUAGACAGCAGGCACUCAAUUUCUGAUUUUGAAUCGGAAAACAUCUGUUUUUCUGGGCAAGGAUAUCAAUAGAUUGCUCCUAGGGACAAUCAAGAAAGAAAAGAGACCUCCAACGCUUCUCUGCAGGAGCGGAUAGAGCCCUGGUUAUUUGCUCGCAAGUGAAAAUUGCCCUGGCAUACCCAUUCAAAUUUCUCCUAGCAAAUCAUAGUGGCCUACAGCCAACGCCUUCUUCGCUCACUGGCCAACUGGAAACUUCAGUCCCUCCAUGCCUCCCGCCUCUCACCCAGGGGCCAAUAGGAAAGAUCAGAGGUUCGCAACUUAGUGUCAUCAGGCAUAGUAAUUGCAAUUGGCUAUUGGAGCUGUCGAUCGUGGAGUAGGCGGGGCCGUGCCAGCUGGCCUAUAUAAGACGAGGACAAAGGCGGCGCGCCGCCUGUGUCAUCCGCCAUUUUGUGAGAAGCAAGGUGGCCUCCACGUUUCCUGAGCGUCUUCUUCGCUUUUGCCUCGACCGCCCCUUGACCACAGACAUGUCUCGGGAUCGGUUCCGGAGUCGUGGCGGUGGCGGUGGCGGCUUCCACAGGCGUGGAGGAGGCGGCGGCCGCGGCGGCCUCCACGACUUCCGUUCUCCGCCGCCCGGCAUGGGCCUCAAUCAGAAUCGCGGCCCCAUGGGUCCUGGCCCGGGCCAGAGCGGCCCUAAGCCUCCGAUCCCGCCACCGCCUCCACACCAACAGCAGCAACAGCCACCACCGCAGCAGCCACCGCCGCAGCAGCCGCCACCGCAUCAGCCGCCGCCGCAUCCACAGCCGCAUCAGCAGCAGCAGCCGCCGCCACCGCCGCAGGACUCUUCCAAGCCCGUCGUUGCUCAGGGACCCGGCCCCGCUCCCGGAGUAGGCAGCGCACCGCCAGCCUCCAGCUCGGCCCCGCCCGCCACUCCACCAACCUCGGGGGCCCCGCCAGGGUCUGGGCCAGGCCCGACGCCGACCCCGCCGCCUGCAGUCACCUCGGCCCCUCCCGGGGCGCCGCCACCCACCCCGCCAAGCAGCGGGGUCCCUACCACACCUCCUCAGGCCGGAGGCCCGCCGCCUCCGCCCGCGGCAGUCCCGGGCCCGGGUCCAGGGCCUAAGCAGGGCCCAGGUCCGGGUGGUCCCAAAGGCGGCAAAAUGCCUGGCGGGCCGAAGCCAGGUGGCGGCCCGGGCCUAAGCACUCCUGGCGGCCACCCCAAGCCGCCUCAUCGAGGCGGCGGGGAGCCCCGCGGGGGCCGCCAGCACCACCCGCCCUACCACCAGCAGCAUCACCAGGGGCCUCCGCCCGGCGGGCCCGGCGGCCGCAGCGAGGAGAAGAUCUCGGACUCGGAGGGGUUUAAAGCCAAUUUGUCUCUCUUGAGGAGGCCUGGAGAGAAAACUUACACACAGCGAUGUCGGUUGUUUGUUGGGAAUCUACCUGCUGAUAUCACGGAGGAUGAAUUCAAAAGACUAUUUGCUAAAUAUGGAGAACCAGGAGAAGUUUUUAUCAACAAAGGCAAAGGAUUCGGAUUUAUUAAGCUUGAAUCUAGAGCUUUGGCUGAAAUUGCCAAAGCCGAACUCGAUGAUACACCCAUGAGAGGUAGACAGCUUCGAGUUCGCUUUGCUACACAUGCUGCUGCCCUUUCUGUUCGUAAUCUUUCACCUUAUGUUUCCAAUGAACUGUUGGAAGAAGCCUUUAGCCAAUUUGGUCCUAUUGAAAGGGCUGUUGUAAUAGUGGAUGAUCGUGGAAGAUCUACAGGGAAAGGCAUUGUUGAAUUUGCUUCUAAGCCAGCAGCAAGAAAGGCAUUUGAACGAUGCAGUGAAGGUGUUUUCUUACUGACGACAACUCCUCGUCCAGUCAUUGUGGAACCACUUGAACAACUAGAUGAUGAAGAUGGUCUUCCUGAAAAACUUGCCCAGAAGAAUCCAAUGUAUCAAAAGGAGAGAGAAACCCCUCCUCGUUUUGCCCAGCAUGGCACCUUUGAGUACGAAUAUUCUCAGCGAUGGAAGUCUUUGGAUGAAAUGGAAAAACAGCAAAGGGAACAAGUUGAAAAAAACAUGAAAGAUGCAAAAGACAAAUUGGAAAGUGAAAUGGAAGAUGCCUAUCAUGAACAUCAGGCAAAUCUUUUGCGCCAAGAUCUGAUGAGACGACAGGAAGAAUUAAGACGCAUGGAAGAACUUCACAAUCAAGAAAUGCAGAAACGUAAAGAAAUGCAAUUGAGGCAAGAGGAGGAACGACGUAGAAGAGAGGAAGAGAUGAUGAUUCGUCAACGUGAGAUGGAAGAACAAAUGAGGCGCCAAAGAGAGGAAAGUUACAGCCGAAUGGGCUACAUGGAUCCAAGGGAAAGAGACAUGCGAAUGGGUGGCGGAGGAGCAAUGAACAUGGGAGAUCCCUAUGGUUCAGGAGGCCAGAAAUUUCCACCUCUAGGUGGUGGUGGUGGCAUAGGUUAUGAAGCUAAUCCUGGCGUUCCACCAGCAACCAUGAGUGGUUCCAUGAUGGGAAGUGACAUGCGUACUGAGCGCUUUGGGCAGGGAGGUGCGGGGCCUGUGGGUGGACAGGGUCCUAGAGGAAUGGGGCCUGGAACUCCAGCAGGAUAUGGUAGAGGGAGAGAAGAGUACGAAGGCCCAAACAAAAAACCCCGAUUUUAGAUGUGAUAUUUAGGCUUUCAUUCCAGUUUGUUUUGUUUUUUGUUUAGAUACCAAUCUUUUAAAUUCUUGCAUUUUAGUAAGAAAGCUAUCUUUUUAUGGAUGUUAGCAGUUUAUUGACCUAAUAUUUGUAAAUGGUCUGUUUGGGCAGGUAAAAUUAUGUAAUGCAGUGUUUGGAACAGGAGAAUUUUUUUUUUCCUUUUUAUUUCUUUAUUUUUUCUUUUUUACUGUAUAAUGUCCCUCAAGUUAUGGCAGUGUACCUUGUGCCACUGAAUUUCCAAAGUGUACCAAUUUUUUUUUUUUUACUGUGCUUCAAAUAAAUAGAAAAAUAGUUAUAAUAUUGAUCUUCAACUUUGCCAUUCAUGCUUCUAUGCACAUUAGGCUAGGUAUUCCACAUUGAAAGCAUGAGAGUGUCUAGGCCUUUGAAUGGCAUAUGCCAUUUCUGGGAAAUGUAUCUGGAGGCUAAGUAUUGCUUUCUACAAAUAAUUGCCCCCUUUGUUUUAAAAAGAAGAAAUGCAUAUUGAAGUAGUUUGAUGAUUUGUUUGGCAUAUAGGAAGCACGCUGGUGCUAAGUAUUUUUUAAAUGGUUAUGUAAGCAAAGCUGAACUGUAAAUCUUCAGGAAUAUGUAUUAAGAUUGUGGAAUGGGUGUAAGACAAUUGGUAGGGGGUGAAAGUGGGUUUGAUUAAAUGGAUCUUUUAUGGCCCUAUGAUCUAUCCUUUACUUGAAAGCUUUUGAAAAGUGGAAAGAUCAUUUUGUUGCAUUUCCCCAUUUCUUGUUUUUAAAAGACCAACAAAUCUCAAGCCCUAUAAAUGGCUUGUAUUGAACUUUUACAUUUGAAUUAAAGAUGUUAAACAUGAAGUCUUUUCAUGUAUUCAACUGAUUUAUAAAGAUGGGGUGUAGUCUAAAAAACAAAACUUGAACGUAAGAAGGUUUAGUAACUGGGCCGGGCGCGGUGGCUCACGCCUGUAAUCCCAGCACUUUGGGAGGCUGAGGUGGGCAAAUCAUGAGAUCAGGAGUUCAAGACCAGCCUGGCCAACAUGGUGAAACCCCGUCUCUACUAAAAAUACAAAAAAUUAGCUGGGCGUGGUGGCAGGUGCCUGUAAUCCCAGCUACUCGGGAGGCUGAGCCAGGAGAAUUGCUUGAACCUGGAGGUGGAGGUUGCGGUGAGCUGAGACUGCCACUGCACUCCAGCCUGGACAACAGAGCGAGACUCUGUCUCAAAAAAAAAAAAAAAAGGUUUAGUACUGAAGUAGGUUUAGUUAUAUAUACAUUUGUACUCUGUAACUUUUACAUCUCCUUGUGCUACUUCUGUUGGGCAAAAUCUAUAGGACUAUAAAAAUCUAUUGGUUCUCUUCUAAGAGCUAGUGGUGAUUGUUAACAAAUAGGGUUGCAGAUAAUCAUUCUUAUUGUAAAUUUAACUUGUUUUCACAUAGUUUCCUUUUCAUGUAGCACUAAAUCUGGAGAAAGUUGCUCAUGCUACACAGUACAAAUAUCCCUUCCUCCCACCAUAAAGGCUUGGAAUGUUUCCAUGGUGUUGUCAGUUAAUUGUCAACUUCAUUGAACCCCCUUCCAUUAGAACAAGAGACUUUGACUAUUAAAGUAGAUUGUUUAUUGUUGCCUGUUAGUAUAAUGGGAGCCUGAUUUCCCAGUGUAAAUAUGUUAGAGGAACAGCUUCCUAACAGUAGGUAAAGUAAUUGAAUGGUUUGGCUUUGUUCUGAGUUAUGUUCCAUUCAAAUCUGUACAUUAUAGAAUUCUUACUAUGGAAUGUGUCUUCCUCCUUUUCACCUCUGUUCUUGGUGCUAAUUGGCAAAAGAAAAAUUCUAAGUCAAACCUUUAUUAACAUGCUGAAGUUUAGUAUUGUGCCUGUGUACAAAAGGAGACCUAUUGUUGGAACAAUCUGAGCACUUUCUGCAUAGGAAACAGGAUAAUGCUGAAAGUAAAUACUAGUGUAUAAAAGCAUCUCACCAAAUUCUGGUUGUAUGACUGACAGGUACGUGGUGUGCUAAGGGAGAGAAUCUCAUUAGAAAGUAAUGCUCAUUAUAUCAUUCACCAGCACACUCGGAAAUAUGAGUAGUUUUACCAUGAUUAUAUCAGUGAGGAAGUUUUGUCCCCAAACAGGUUAUUAAUUGGUGAUACAUAAGAGAUUUUCUGUACGGAAACAAGGGUCUUGAUUAGAAAGGAAUCCAUUACAGUUUGGUUGAAUUAUAUAGUAGGGACUCUACUAAAGACAAGAAAAUAAGGGGUGUUCAUGGGACACCCAAAGAGGGUGAACUUUGAAUGUGUGUGGGUGGGGGCUGGUCGGGAAAUGGGAAAAUCUGCCUAUAAAAUUAAUGUUUCAGUUUAUUUUUCAGAUUACAUGCCUUUCUUUAUAAGGGAUGCUGGCACAGACCCCCUAAAAUAAGCUUUUGGUAGUACUGUACCUUUGAAGAGUGGUGAAGGAUGCUAAUGGAUAAUCUCCUGAAAGUUGUGGCUUUUGAUACCCUUACUGUGGACUGUAGAGUUGCUAAACGUUGUUUAGCAAAUAAUGUUGCUUAGUUUCAAAUGACAUUUGACUUUCAUCACUGAAACAGCAAUGUACUCAGGGUUGUAAGCUUACUCAAAUAGACUUUCAAUAAGUCUUCAAUGUAUAUAUGAUAGUUUUUAGCCUAAUGUGAAUUUAAAUAAUCUUAAUAGUUUCCUAAAAGUCGAUCUGAAACUUGGGGUGGGAAAGGGGAGGUAGCAAUUUUGAAGUAUUUUAGCCAUUUUUUUCAUUUAAAGAAACCACUUGUCCCCAUUUCCUCUUCUCCACUUUCUCAUAAUUUUGUUUUAAGAGGAACACUGGUUGUUUUUUAUACUUCUCCUAAUCUUUAAAAACUGCAUAUUGUUAAGACCCCAGUGUAUUUAAUAGGUAUUUUAUAAGCAUAGCCCAUUGGCUCAUGUUAGUGAAACCAUAAUCCUCUUUGCUUAGAACAUUAAUUAAACUCAUAAGAAGUACUACAAACCCCACCACUCUUUAUAGAUGUAUUGUACCACUAAUAUAAACAGCUAAAAAAUGGGGAAAUUGUAAUGUUACGCCUGUGCAAUUUUUAAGUGGCAUAUUAUGGCAGAUUAAAAUUUAGAUACUUGGCUUUUCUUGGGCAAGCCACUAAGUUGUGGCGGAAUGUUUUGUGGUGUUCUUGGACUGCAAUUAUGCACUAUUAAAGUAGUGGCCUGCUACAUAACUGCAUUUAGCCAGCAUUUCUGCAGUGCGUAACUGUGAGGAACGUAGUACCGCAAAUGGCAAUGGACAUUAGGACCCGGAUGUAGUAUUCCUGCUUGCUCCAAGAUUCUCAUUGCCGACUGCAUACAGGUAAGAAUGAUUGAUGUUGGCUGAUAUUGGAGUGCUUGCUCACAUGAAGUGGAUAGAUACUUCUCAAGACAUCACACAGCGUGAGUCAAUCAAGGAGGGAAGCCACAAGCAGACUGACAACGUUUCUAGCAGGAUCAGGUGAGCUGUGUCCAGAAAACCAACAAGAAGGAGUGGAAGGAGGAAUGAACGUUUCAUUCUCGUUAAUAAAGGCAUUAUCCUAAUUA